AUGCAGGGCGGAUCACUCUUCCGUGUUGGCAUCGAUGUCGAGUUUUGGCGGGUGCUGAUCCAUUUGAGCAUCUUGGCGUUCUGUCUCGUUCUUUUCGAGGCAGCACUCCACCACGUAGAACGAAAGCUCUCUCGCUAUGACAAGUACCAUCACAUGCUUCGGAAGGCCUAUCGAGAACUCAUGGCUCUUGGUUUACUGAGUCUUGGCCUUAAACUUCUCAAGGAAGUGCCGGGUAUCCACCCCGAUGGCAAGACAAUGCUAGCGUUCCAAGUGGCCGACUUGACCAUCUUUAUCUUUGCCCUUGCUCUCAUUCUGCAAGCGAUUGUUGUCUUCACGCAGCUCCGCAAGCACAACAAAGAAUCCGACCAAACUGAGCUCAUCACAGCGCAAGACUUGGUCAACACGAUGCGGCCACCGGCUGGAACGCUGCCACUCGAAGCCUUUACGCAAACGAGAGCGCCGAGAUGGUUUUGCUGGACGAGAAAAUCUGCCAAAGGAUUUGACCUGGAAGUCGUCGAGCGUCGACUGCUUCGUCACUUGUUUCUACGGCGCUUUGGGCUGCCGCAGCUCUUCCCGUUCUCCAAGUACCUUCGUCGAGCUCAAGCCAACCAGAUCUCGCACAUGAUUGAAGUCGAGCCAUCCAUGUGGGUGCUCUUGCUGGCAGUGGCUUGGACGCUCUGUGGCUUUCUCGAUGCUCUCAAAGAACUGGACGUGGAUCUCCCUGAAAAACAUGAGCUCGUUGAAGUGUUUGUUGUAUUUGCCUGGGUGUUGGUGAUCCUACACAUUGUGGUGCUGCUGUGCUUCCGCGCGUGUGUUCACCAGCUUCUCGUCGCUGCUGGGUAUAGCAAAGACCAGUCGACGCUAGUUGACAACCUCCGCUCCAUCGCGGAAGAAGAAGCUGCUGCCUCGCGCAUGGAAGCAGCGGACACUGCUUUAUGCACCAUGAACCGUGUCCACGAAGUACUUGAAGAGAUUCAGGAUAGUCGCAAUGCCGAGCGUCACGUUUUACUACGAAAAGACGUUGGCUUGCAGCUCGUGGCAACCUGUUGCCGCAAAAUGAACGAACCGUACACGGGUAUUAGCAUCAGCCGCACACCAAGCGGGGUACAGAUUGGGACCCCAAACAUCCACAUCCGAUUCUUUUCACGCAAGGCGUGGCAUGUCGCGGUGAUGUUCAUGCUGAUUCUUAACGGGUUCUUCAUUGCUCUGCUUGUGCAGUGCGCCGUGUACGACCUGACCAAUAUCUACAUGGAGUUUGGACUAGUUCAAGCCAUUGUGGUUCCGCUCCCUUUGAUUCUCAACACUUUUGUGUUUCAGCAGCAAAUGUUCCGCUAUUUCGUGACCGUCUGCAGCAUCCUUCGUGUAGACGCCCAUACGUUAGGCGAGGUGGUGAACCAUUUCAGCGAGAUUGUGGAGUUACGGUCCGAGUUUGCGUCGUCCUUGCUCGACUGCUUGAAGGAACGGGACUACACGAUCAUCGACUUGCACCGAGAACUCCGUGCUUAUGACCCACAGCAGACUGGGAUGAUCGACGUGAACCGACUUCGAUCGGUUUUAGCACUACUUGGCUACCGCUUGACCCGCUUUCGCUUCAAUAGUGUCGCAAUGAUGCUCUUUGAGCUCAAUGGCACCCGAGUCGAGUAUGGCCAAUUGCUGCACCUGCUGAUCCUUGCACAUAACGAAGCUAUCAGUGACAGUGGCGGCCGCACAAGUCAGCGGCGCCAGCACCCGCUCUUGAGGCGGAGCAUCGCUUCCUACGACGACUGUCAACGUCCAAGCUCACGAACAAACCGAUCCAGCUCGCAGACCUCACGCGAAGUACCUUUACUACCUCAACCGAGCUCGGGCAUUGCACCUGGCUCGAGUGAUUUCGUCAUUUUGGCCACACCGGGCUCGCGUCGAGUCUCGGUCUCUAGAAUAUCCGAGUUGCACUCGAGCACGACUGUCGAACAGACUCAUGGACGGACUCCAGUGUUACAUCGCAGCUACGCCUAUCAGUUCCCUAGCUCGAGAUCUCGAGGGCUUCAAGACGCUUUUAGUUUCUACAAAGGCCCCUACGCCCAGGUGGACUCGACUUUGGUCUAA